CUCCGAAAACUUCAAGUGGAUCUAUUCAAUUAUGUAAGGACCGUAUAUAUACUGUGCAUUGCACCUUCAAUACUCAAAUGUCAACCACAAAGAAUACUAAAAACAUACAGUGCAUCUUAGUGACAGAUAAACGCUGUGCACUGUCCCUCUACUUCACAACAUAUCACCGUUCAAAUUCCUCGUCUUGAUAUUUGAAAGAGUGACAGCUACGCCACCGCUCAUCAUGGCGGUAAAGAAGAAGGGCCGUACGAAAAAUCUGGCCGCAGGGCGACCCCCAACAACUCGGAAACCCAAGUCUAUAUCGAGGAAAGCUACCAAGGCCUUGAUCAACUCUCAUCAUCUCCUGGAGAAAAAGAAAUCUCAGGCUAUCGCUAAAGGAGACCGAGCCGCCGAAGCAGCGAUUGACAGUGAGAUUGCUGCCCUGGGUGGGAUCGAGAAGUACCAACAGGCCAGCCUCCAAGGUCAGCGACUCGACCGCGGGGGAGACAGUUCUCAUGUGCUAAUGGAGUGGAUUAAACCAACGGGUUCUGUUCCCCUUUCUUCUGCAGGGACUUCUGCAGAGACCCGCUUGAAAAUGCUCGAAGUUGGAGCCUUAAGCACUACGAACAUAUGUUCAAGAAGUGGAUUAUUCGAUAUGGAAAGGAUAGACUUAAACAGUCAAAGCGAUGGCAUUGUGCAGCAGGAUUUCAUGAAGAGGCCACUUCCCAAGAAUGACUCUGAGCGGUUCGACAUCAUUAGCCUCUCAUUGGUCUUAAAUUUCGUUCCCGAUGCUAUAGGACGAGGUGAGAUGCUCCUUCGGACUUUGGAUUUCUUGAAGCAGCCUGACACAGCUUGCUCGUCUGGACUACGUGAUCUUUUUCCGAGUUUGUUCAUGGUUCUACCUGCACCAUGCGUCACUAAUUCAAGAUAUAUGAACGAGUCUCAUAUGGAGAUGAUUAUGAAUACUUUAGGAUAUGUAAAAGCCAAGAGCAAGGUCACCCAGAGACUCGUAUAUUAUCUUUGGGUUCUUCGAAAGGCCCCCACCCGGUCAUUCUCUGCAACGUUCAAGAAGGUUGAACUUCGAUCCGGUCAUUCUAGGAACAACUUUGCGGUCGUGCUGCGUGGCUCAUCCUCCGGGUGAUAUCCGAAUCAAACCAUACGAGGUUUCUGGCUUCAUCAAUAAGAUGUGCAAUCACCUAAUAAAUCUAGCUCUAUGAGCAGAUU